AUGGAUACCACCGUCGAUCUCGGCCGACGCAUCGUGCAGAUGUUCUGGGAUCCCGAACCCACCAACGACAUGGUCCGCGAUCAGCCCGUAUGGUGCCUCGGCUCCUCCUACAAGCUCAACAACAGUCCUAGCUCCAAGCCUGAAUCGUCACCGGCCCAAGAAGCCCCAGCCAAAGAGCCCGUGCAAAACCCCGCCCAACUUCCCGAAACCCCUCCGGAAUCCGCUUCGAAUAGUAGUCUCGAUUCGUCGCUGGCCUACGAUGAGGCGCCCUUGGGCGGUGGGUGGCCGCCUGCCUUUCUCGACGAUUUUGAAUCCAGGAUAUGGAUGACAUACCGCUCCGAGUUCGAUCCGAUACCCAAGUCGCAAGACCCGAAAGCCACCUCGGCCCUAUCCUUCUCCAUGCGGCUCAAGAAUCAGCUCUCCGACCAGACCGGUUUCGCCUCGGAUAGCGGCUGGGGAUGUAUGAUCAGGUCCGGCCAGAGUCUGUUAGCCAACGCCAUGGCCAUCCAGCGGCUCGGUCGAGGAUGGCGAAGGACUACACAAGACCUGGACGAGAGGAAGAUACUGGCCUUGUUCGCCGAUGACUCGAGAGCACCGUAUUCUUUACACAACUUUGUGCGUCAUGGUGCGUCGGCGUGUGGCAAGUACCCCGGUGAGUGGUUCGGCCCCUCGGCCACAGCCAGAUGCAUCCAAGCCCUGACAAACGCGACCGAACCGACGAUCCGUGUCUAUUCCACAGGAGACGGCCCAGACGUCUACGAGGAUAAUUUCAUGAAGAUUGCUAAACCUGGCGGUACGACGUUCCAUCCCACCGUCAUUCUAGUCAGCACGAGACUCGGCAUCGACAAGAUCACGCCGGUGUACUGGGAGGCUCUUGCGGCAGCAUUACAGAUGCAACAGUCUAUUGGUAUUGCAGGCGGGCGCCCAUCAUCGUCCCAUUAUUUCAUCGGAGUCCAGGGGUUCAACUUCUUCUACCUCGAUCCGCACUUCACCCGGCCAGCUUUACCCUAUCACGAGGAUCCAGCAGAGUAUACGAAGGAGGAGACAGACACCUGUCACACGAGGAAGCUACGCCGGCUCCACAUCAAAGAGAUGGAUCCGAGUAUGCUGAUUGGCUUCCUCAUCCGGGACGAGGAAGACUGGAGGGACUGGAGACGAAGCGUCAAGCAUGUGCAGGGCAAGGCCAUCAUCCACGUGUCGGACCACGACCCAGUCGCGCAGUUCCAUGAGCGAGGCGGGGUCAUCGACGAGGUCGAGACCCUCAGCGACGAUGACGACGGCACGGUACAGGACGGUGCAGAGGAGAUGGUGGGCGCAUAG